AUGAUGAUGGUUGCUUUUCUUCUGUGGGUCAUCUUGUCUCGAGGAAUUGCAGUCCCUUGCAGUCCAAAUAAAGCAGAUGUAAUUUUGGUGUAUUGUUAUCCUAAAACCAUAAUUACAAAAAUCCCCGAAUGUCCUUAUGGAUGGGAAGUUAAUCAGUUGGCUCUUGGAGGGAUUUGCUACAAUGGAGUCCAUGAUUCAGGAUAUUACCAGUUUACAAUCCCAGAUUUGUCACCAAAAAAUAAAUCAUACUGUGGAACUCAAUCAGAUUUUAAAAACCCAAUCUAUCAUUUCUAUAACUCCAUCGUCUCCAACGACACCUCUGUGAUUGUCAAGAGCCAGCCUGUGAACUACUCGUUUACAUGCACAUACCAUGCAAACUAUCUGGUGAACCAUGCUGCCUUUGACCAAAGAGUGGCAACAGUCCAUGUGAAGAAUGGCAGCGCUGGUUCAUUUGAAAGUCAAUUGUCCCUCAACUUCUAUACUAAUGCCAAGUUUUCAAGCAAGAAGGAAGCUCCCUUCACAGUUGAAACUUCCGAAAUUGGUUCAGAUGUAUUUUCUGGAGUAGAAGCAAAAGGCUUAAGUAACAGAUUUAAAGUUGUGCUGACCAAUUGUUGGGCAACCCCCUCAUCAGAAUAUUUCUAUCCAAUUCAGUGGCCUCUGAUAACUAAGGGGUGUGCAUCAGAUGAUUCCAUUUUAGUACAUGAAAAUGGGAAAGACAGCCGAGCCACCUUCCAAUUUAAUGCAUUUCGGUUCCGGAAUAUUCCCAAACUUUCCAAGGUGUGGCUGCACUGUGAGACACAUGUUUGUGACAGUGAGAAGUUCUCCUGCCCUGUGGCGUGUGCAAAACGGAGUCAACGUAUGGAGCAAACUGGUGGUGUUUUAAUGGCUGAACUCACUGUGAACAGUAAAGGGUUAUCCAAGAAUUACAUACUUUCAGGUAAAAGUUAA